GUCAAACCAAUCCUGUUGUGACCUAGGGCUGGAUGAUGUUCAGUUCUUCAGGCAACCAUUGAAAAUGUCAAAAAAUGAUCGCAAAAGAACAGAGUUAUUUGUUUAUUAUAUGUAUAUAAUAUCGGCGCUUUAUCUGUGGAAUAAAGACCGAUACAAAUAUUUAUGUGAAAGGCUAGUAUCAGUCAACCGAUGCAUCGGUCGGGCUCUAGUUAUCUUUAUGCGGUGCUUUAUCCCUCUCCCUUUGGAUUGUAUGCACUUUGAAAAACAGGGGGCUUUAUGGAUUAGUGUAUCUUGCUCUCUAGGUGGGAGAAUGUUGCCCCACUUACAUAAUUAGAGUUUGAACAAUCCCCUUUGAAAUACUCUCAGGUUUGUUUUGCUGUGAGAAAACAUGAAUUAUAGAAUAGAUCUAGAGAUCAAAUAAACUACUCUAGGCCAAAACCAAAACUGUUCUGGGAAUGAACCUGGUGUUGUCACAAGGCUGCUCUCUGCUGGUUGAAGGUUGACAUAACAGAGCAAGGGGUAGAGAUGGGGGAGGUGCACCUGUCCGAAUCCAAAAGGGCAGAACUUAUCCAUACAACCCAAAUAGGUGAUUGAUGCAACUGUAACUUGAACAUUUCGUUUUCAGACUCACAAUAAUAGUAAACUUGUCAAUCUAGAUAUUUCAUUCGAGGAGUCUUUGUAACACUUUUUGAAACAGUCUUUGCAUCUUUGUGUUAUUAUGCUUCCAUAGACUAAGUUAUGAACGUGGUGAACGUUAUCACCUUUAUUAUAGCCCGUCACUCAUCGUGUAUUUGAACAUUUCCCUGUGUGUUUUGGAAUAGUUUGGCGGCCAAGGGAUUUUCAAGGCGUAUAUUCGAAAACUUCCCUGGCCAAUCCGUUUCAAGCUUUGGAACGUUACCUCCUCGGCUCCUCCCCGUGGACACAUUUUUCUUGAUCCAAUGUAACGUUAUUUACAGCGUUGUUACGUCGGGUCUAUCGUGAACAUCAUUUGCAUGAAGUACUGAAUGGUCGGACACAAUUGGGUGAUCAUAAUACGAAACCAAAAUUGAGGAUUAAGAUUGAAUAUGGUUUGAUCAUCUCUUUAGUGUCAUACAUUUGACUCUUUAGUCAACAUGCUUCAAUGUAAUAUGGCUUAGAUUUAAUUAUGUAGACUAGGCUAUUUUGCCAACGAAUCAUUGGUUUAACUGGGCGGGAGGAUACAAUGUUGCUAUAUUGUCGAUCGUGAGAACAUAUGUUGCACUGACUUUAGCUGGACCGUAGCCCAUUGUCAUUGAGACUGAGCUCCUAGUCUAAAGCGCCCCGGAUUCAGCCUCUACAAUGCCUGGCCGCCGCAGUUGUGUGAAUUCGCUCUGGUCUGGCACGGAGCGGGUUCGGAUUGGCGAGCGGCUGAAAGCGACCCUGGCCGGAAUCCUUGAGCUGGAUUUGCUCCGGUGCCAACAUCUGGACAUGAUCGAUGCGGCGCUGGACCUCAAAGACACCAGUAGCACCGGUACCACGGUGACUGUCAUCACCGAUCAACAGGAGAAAAACCUCGAGAGCGCAGCCUCGGAUGGCUCUGCGACAUCCCGCAGGCAACAGGUUCCUUCUCCACCUUCAGAAACAGUGUUACCAUGCCACACCAGCACGUUGGACAAGGACAGUGUGGGGAACUCUGGUGGAGAUGGGCUGGUUCAUUCCAGAGGUGAUGGGGUUGGUGGGGAUGACUCACGCUGGUCCACCCUCUCUUGGGAUGCCCCGUCUGACCUGCUCUCCCCCCCGGACCUUGAUGGUGCAGUCCAGGUGGACUAUGACUCCAGGCCCAGCUCAGGCUUUUAUUCGGUCAGUGGCAGCUCCCUAUCAGACUCCUGCUACUCUGUGUCCAGUGAGGCAGUCCUGGCCCAAGGGGGUCCAGUACCAGGUGGGCAAGUCCGGGCCGGACCAGGAGCACCCUCAGGGGGAGCCUUCAGGCUGUGGGAACAGCGGCCCCUCUCUGCAGACCACAGUGACAUCCAGUGGCCGGAGGCCGCGCAGCAGCCAAGAACUCAGCGCAUUGAGGAGACCACAGAGAUCAGUGAUAGGAGACCAGUAUCUACGGGUGACCUGGAAAUAAACAGUCUCUUCUUCCUGUCUGACCUGUGCUCCAGCCUGGGUGACCCCCAUCCCGGCUCCCUCCUCCCACUCGCUGACCCCCGACCCCAACUCGACCCCAGGUUCUGUUCUGACCUGGUGUCCCGGAGGACCAAGGAGGUGUACCAUUAUCCCAGCCCCCUCCAUGCCGUGGCCCUCCAGAGCCCCCUAUUCACCUCCAGUCAGGACCCCUCACCCUCCUCUUGCCUCUCCCCGAGUCCGGACUCCUCUGCCCAGGCUGAGGAAUCUCAGUCCACCCCCCUCUUCCGGCCCCCCCACCCUCCUCACCCCUCCACCUUCACCCAGCUAGAGCAGUACAUCACCAGGCUGGCUCGCCAGUACCGCAGUCGGGUUGCCCCCUCUGACACCACCCCUACCGCCACCCCUGGGCCAGGUUGCCGCAGGGGCCCCAGAACCCCUGGCCACGGCUCCACUCAGUCGCUGUUGGCCUUCGAGAGCCGCAGUACCCCCUCCAACCUGACAGUGGGCAGUGUGACACCCUGCAAGUCUUUUCUGGGUAACUCUGCGCGGGUCAGCCUCAGCAAUAUCGGUAAGAAGGCCAGUAGGAACUCCAUCAACCUGGGCCACCUGCCUUCUGUGACAGGAGAGGACCUCAAAAUCAACCUCCACCUCAACCUCAGUCUCAACCUCAGCCCCAAUCUGAACAAAAACCUGGGUUUAAACUCAAACUCGAAGGAAGGUAUUAGCACUAGUGGUGUAUUAAGGAGUGACCAUGCUAUCCCCACUGCCUCCCCCUCUCCUUCCACCUCCUCCCUCUCCACCGCCGCCACUCCCACCCCUGCCCUGAGGUCUCGGCCACGCAUCUCAACAUGUCCCUCCAACCUCAAUCACCGAAGCUCUCUGGAGGUCACCGGGUCAGGGGCUGGGUCAGGGCUAGGGUUCUCCCGCUCGCUGGACUGGAGUGGACUGGAUUCUUCACCAGGGAAAGUGACAAGGAGUCAACCCAGCGUCAAUGCCCCGGACGCCAGCCCUAGUAAGCUCAGCGAGGACUCAGCGAUGGUGGGGGAGAUCUCCCGUCUCUCUGGCCUGCCCCGGGCUGUGGUGGUGGGCCUGAUGGAGCAGGGCGUAGAGCUGGAUGUCGACUGCUUCCAGAGCGAUGCUGAGAGAAGAGGUCAGGGGUCAGAGUUUAAAGCCCAAAGCUCCUCCCCUUCCUCCCACCAGAUAGCCCAGAAUGACCACCAGUCUCAUCAUCAUGAUUAUUCCAGCGUCCAUCACCUCCACGCCAGUAACGAGACUGACCUUGACCCCCAGAGGCCGAUCCAGCUGUCCCUCAGUGUCACCCACUCCCCACAGUCUCACUCCGGCCUCACACCUCCCAACUCCUCCAGUCCCCAUUCCAGUAGCCCCAAUCACCCUUACCAGUCCACCUCAACCCACCCACCUAGCCAUCAUCAUAUCACCCACCACCACACACACACCUUCCACUGCCAACAAACCCCUUCCCCAUCUGACCCCGCCUCUUCCCCCUCGUCCCGUGACCGCCCCAGGGUACGCUCCCCACCCCGCCCUCUCCAGCCCUCCCCCCUCGCCAAUACUCCGUUCUCUGUGUUCCGGCGGGAUGACCCAUUCCAGUGCUCCCUGCCUCGCGUCAGGGACAGCAGCUCGCCACAAAGGGGCAGCAUCCGGCCCAGAGGGGGGUCACUACGGCAGGGUGCAGGGGGUGGAGGGGGUAGAUGGAGGGUAGAUGGGGAGGGAGAAGGAUGGAAGAGGGUGGAUGGGGAGGGGCUCUACCAGGGGAAGCAUGCGUCCAAGGAGUUGGUGAGGGCAUCGACGGUGAGCAGCUUCCACAGGAAACAGAGGUGCUACAGCAGCAACUGGGGAGAGGAAGGCAGUCACGACACGGCCCAGACGCCAAAGAAGGGGGCAGCCAAACUCUGGAGGGGCUUCGAAGGACGUUCAUGGGGGAAAGAGGCUGAGGAAGAGGAGAACAAGGAGAGGUGGAAGAGAGAGGGGAUCAGGAGAAAGGAGAAAGAUGACCAAAAGGAGAAGCAUGCCAAGGCAGAGAGGCGAGAGAAAGAGAGCAGUGCCUCAAAACGCAAAGGGAAGGGCGGUGGUGGCUGGGACAAGCGUAGCUCCAGCCUGAGGCUGUCCAGACGGGCUCUGUUCCGCAGUGAGUCCCAGGGGGACGUGCUGGAGCCUCGAGCCCAGAAAGAGGAGCGUCUGAGGGGGGCACAGUGGACCUCCUCCCUGGAGCUCAGCAUGGAGCGGGUUCGUCCGUUGGCGUUGGGAAGAAGAGGGGAAGAAGACAAGCGCCUGUCCUCUACUGCCAGCCUCUUCCACCUCUCUCGCUCUCAGAGUCUGGAGGGAAGCUGUCCCUCCCUCUCUCCUCCUCUCUCCUCCCCAUCGUUCUCGCCCUCCCCUCCUCCUUCUCGGGCAACCCUCACACGCUCGCGCUCACUGAGAGACCUGAGUAGAAGGGUGUUUAGCUCAGUGAGGUCUCUGAGUUUGAAACACAAGACGUCGAGAAAGUGAGAUGAUCACAAUAAAUGAAAGUGUUUUUUCCACUAAAUCAAAUCAAAUGUAUUUAUAUAGCCCUUCUUACAUCAGCUGAUAUCUCAAAGUGCUGUACAGAAACCCAGCCUAAAACCCCAAACCACUAAGUUACAGUCAAUAUUUCAGUCGGUUGUAUUUUGAUUGAUAAGGCGGUGCCAAUGUUAUGAAUCUGUUGAACUUGACUCUCAGUAGUGUGUGACUGUGAGUGGUCCCCUCUGCAUGCAACUCUGUGACUUAUCUCUGUGCGCUGUCAUGGCUAUUGUGAGCUUGUUCUCCUCUCUGAGUGUAUAUCAAAUCAAACCUUAUAUACUGUAUGUUGCCUUUGAAGUACAAUCAUAUUGGCCAUAAAGACCAAAAUCAACAAACAAAUUGUGCUAUAAAUUGAUAUUGUGCUCAGGAUUUUGAAAUGGAUCUCAAUAAAGUAAUAAUAAGAAUAAAAUGUUAUUUGAAACAAAUGUGUGUAUUAUUACAAAUGUGUGUAUUAUUAUUAAUAAAGGAAACUUGUAAUUAUA